AUGGGUCUUAUCAAGACGGGUCUUAUUUUGGCCGGUGGCUAUGGCCUCAUUAAAGCUGCAUCAAAAGCCACAAAUGACUACGAAGUGAAGAAGCAAAAGCGUCAAAACCAGCAGCAAUACAAGUUCCAGUCUCAGCCACAAUAUCAGCAGCAGUAUCCUAUCCAUAACCCUCAGAUGGGUUGUACCUGCGGGAACCAGACCAACGAUGCUCAGUCACAGCCACAAUGGCGAUCACCACCUGAACCUCAAUCAAAUUACGAAAACCACAGCAACAACAACAAAAAUUUUGUAUCACCGACUCACCUCCGCUCUAUUCAAGAUUCCCAGAGCAAUCAUGGUGGUUAUAUAAAUACCCCACCACCCUCUUACAAACAGAUCUAUCUUUUCGAGAAGCAAGGAGGCCAGCCAGGGUCAGCGCACGAGUACUAG